AUGUCACUCAUCCAAAAGUGUCAUUCAACUAUACCACGGACAAACGGUUUACUGCGGCAUAUUCAAAAAUGUUCUUCUGCAACUAACCAAUCAAAUUUUUCUACUAAUGCUGUACAUGAACAUUUAUCUAAACUUAUUCAACAACAUCAACAAGAUCGGAUAAAUUCUCAACAUGUUACAAAUGCACAUCAACUUGAAGAUACAAUCAAUCGAUCAGAACAACAACAAAGACUGAUAAAGAAGUUACGUAUUCUACUUUUAUCAAAUACGCAUAAUUCGAUGUCACAAGCUGUUUAUUUAAUGUUAACCCAAAUGGGACAUAAUGUUAUGAUUGCAAUGGCUUUAUCGUCAUCACAAAUGGAACAGGUUGCAACUGAAUUAAAUCCAGACUUAAUCAUAUGUCCAUUUUUAACGAAAGUCGUACGUGAAAAUCUAUUUAGAAAAGUUAAAACAUUAAUUGUUCAUCCAGGUAUUGUUGGUGAUCGUGGUUCACAUAGUUUAGAUUGGGCAUUACUAGAAGAACAAAAAGAAUGGGGCGUGACAAUUAUGGAAGCUGACAAGGAAAUGGAUGCUGGUCCCAUUUAUGGAACUCAAAAUUUUUCUCUUGCCAAUCUACCACUCUCACAAUUAACUAAAUCAAAAGUUUAUCGUAAUCAAGUUAUACCAGCUGCAUUACAAAGUAUAAAUAGAGCAGUAAGAAAUUUUAUCGAACAAAUUGAACCAACUCCACUUGAUUAUUCUAAUCCUACGGUUAAAGGUACACUUAAACCAACAAUGAAACAAUCACAAUGUGCAAUUAAUUGGGAAGAAGAUGAUGCAAGAACAAUUGUACGAAAAAUAUCUUCACGUGAUUCAAAUCCAGGUUUAUUAGAUAAUGCACUUUUUGGAUGUGGAAUGUAUUUGUAUGGUGCCCAUAUUGAGAAGUUGAUUAAAGUACCUCCAAAUACACCAUCGAAACAACUAUUAGGUCAACGUGAUGGUGCCAUAUUGGUUUCAUGUCAAGGUGGUAACGGAGAAGCUGUUUGGAUAACCCAUAUGAAACGUGCUAGACCGUAUAACAUUAAAUUACCAGCAACAAGAGUAAUAGAUCCUGACCAGUUAAGCACUUUACCUGUUUUAUCUGUCAGUUUUAAUACUGUACCUACAGACGUCACUUUUAAUGAAAUUUAUUAUGAAAAAAAGAACGAUAUUAUCUUCCUACAUUUUGACUUUUAUAAUGGUGCAAUGUCAACAACACAGUGUCAACGUCUCUUGCAAGCUCUCAAUGAAAUUGAACAAAUUAAUAAUUUCAAGAUUCUUGUACUAUGUGGUGGACGUAGUUAUUUUAGUAAUGGAAUUCAUCUCAACGUGAUCGAAGCUGCUGAAGAUAAAUAUAUUGAAAGUUAUGCUAAUAUUAAUGCACUUAAUGAUGUUAUUUUGAAAAUUAUGUCAAUGAAAAAUAAAAUAACAAUAUCUGCAUUGCAAGGUAAUGCAGGUGCUGAAGGUGUAAUGAUGUCAUUAGCAGCGGAUUAUGUCUAUGCUAACUCGGAAGUAGUUCUCAAUCCACAUUAUCGUACAAUGGGUCUCUUUGGAAGUGAAUAUUGGACUCAUAAUUUAUCUCGUCGUAUUGGUUAUGAUAAUGCACGUCAAAUAACAGAAGCUUGUGAACCAUUAUCAGCUCAGAAAGCAGAAGAAAUUCAUUUAAUUGAUCGUAUUCUAUGUCAAUCACCAGAUGAAUUAUUAACAAAAGUUGAAAUGAUGGCACAUUUAUUAACAAUUGAUGUUAUUUAUGAUAAUUUAAUAAAAAAGAAAAAAGAAGAAGAUGGUCCAUUAUUUUAUGAUAAACUAGCUGCAUGUCGAUCUACUGAAUUGGCCAAAAUGGCAGAAAAUUUUCGAAAUUCUUCUUAUAAUUUAGCUUGUCAUUCAUUUGUUUAUAAAAUUCCACCAGUUAUUACACCAUGGCAUAUAAAGAAACUUGGACGUGAAACAGCAAUUCGUGUUAAUGGUAAAGAAAUUGCUAAACAUAUUCAAACAAAUAUUAGUCAGAAGAUUAAAUCUUUACAAACUCGUGCAAUUGAAGCUGGUUUAACACCUCGUUCACCAGGUUUAGCUUGUCUUGUUGUUGGUAAUCGUCGUGAUUCAUUAUUAUAUGUUCAAAAGAAAAAUAGUCUUGCUUCUAGUUUUGGUUUUCUUACACAAGUAGUACACAUUAAUGACAAUCAAUCAAGCAGCAUAGAUGAACAAGAAGCAGUUAUUUUACAACAAAUUAAUCAAUGGAAUAAUGAUCCUCUGAUUGAUGGUAUUGUAGUUCAAUUACCGUUACCUGAACAACUCGAUCGUCGACGCAUCCUCGAUAAAAUUUGUUUAGAAAAAGAUGUGGAUGGAUUACAUUCUUUACAGUUAGCUGAUUUAUGUAUAUCUUCAACUUCGCCAUCUUCUUCUACUUCAUUUAUUCCUUGCACAGUUCGUGGUAUUCUUCACUUACUGGAGUUUUAUCAUGUUAAACUACCUGGUAAAGUUGUUUGCAUUGUUGGUGCUUCGAAAACAGUUGGUCUUCCAUUGGCAUUGGCCCUUUCAAGUCGCGGUUGCACUGUUACAAUUUGCACAGUACAAACAAAUCACUUACAAGAAAAAGUAGAACGAGCUGAUAUUCUGAUAGCCAGUGCUGGUGUUGCAAAUCUAGUGAAAGCAGAUUGGAUUAGACUAGGUGCUGUCGUGAUCGAUGCUGGUAUUACAGUAAUGGAAAAUGAAUUAACAAAACAAAUGACAGUCUGUGGUGAUGUUGAAAAAACUGAUAAUCUUUGGAAACGUGCAAGUUUAAUUACUCCUGUACCAGGUGGAGUUGGACCAAUGACAGUAGUUAUGCUCUUACAGAACACAAUGGAUGCCUAUAAAGCUCGUCUUACUGAAGAAAUCUUAAAAACUACUCAGAAAUAG